UGUUUAGACUCGAUAAAAUUAAAAAUUUAUCAAUGAAAGAUGCGGCGAUCUUGACGGACGAUUAUUUCUCACCAUUGUUAAUAUUCGGCCGUCGUAGUAAAUUAAACGAGAAUGAAUAUAUCUUAAUUAAUACAAAUUUGGCUUAUUCGGGAUUGGCAGCCAGUAAUAUCGCAGCAUGCAUCUUUCGUGCCAAGCCAAUUAUUGCGUCCAAUUGUAUAACAUCGUUCAAUUGUAAUAGCGGUGCUAUUGCGAUUAUCGAUAGAAAUAAAUUGAGCGACGAAUUAGAACGAAUUACUGGCAAGAGAGAAGUUCGUUUAAUCAUCGAUACGAUUGGUGGAAAACAAUUUGGGAAUUUACUUAAAUGUUUGCAACAUGAAGGAAUAGUUGCUGUUGUGGAUUGUGCAAGAGAUUCAAAGUAUCCGUAUCAAUAUAUGUUCCCAUCGAAUUAUACUAUCUUAACACUGGCAAUAGAACAUUAUAAAAAUAAUGAUCCCUUUAUAUAUAGAGAAACCAUGAAAAAUUUAUUGGAUUAUCGAAUAGAAGGUACGAUCUGUCCACAUAUAUCAGCCAUAUUUGGAUUGAAUAAUAUAAACAAGGCAUUUGAAUAUGCCGCAAAAUUGACUCGGGGCAAAAUAUUGAUAGAUCUUAAAAAUCAUGACGAAUAUUAUUUAUGUGAAUCUUAAAC